AUGCAGAUUCAGUGCAGAACCCUAAAUUUCACAAUCUCCUCAAUUUCUUGUAAUCCUAAGCUGCCAUUCACUAUAAGGGCAUGUAAGCCGAGUUUCAGGAGCUCUGUUAAGUCUCAUAGGCUUAUAAGUAGCUGUUCAAGUCCUAAUCAAGAUGCGGGUGAGGUGGAAGUAGAAGAAGUGAAGAAGGUAGAUGGUUUAGCGGAUCAGAGUAUUUGGGGGCAGAUGAAAGAGAUAGUCAUGUUUACGGGACCUGCUGCUGGACUGUGGGUAUGUGGCCCAUUAAUGAGUCUCAUUGACACGGCUGUCAUUGGUCGAGGAAGCUCUCUCGAACUCGCUGCUUUAGCUUUUACAGGGGCAAAGAAUGCUGAAAUUGUCCCCGCCGCAAAUACAUAUGUUCAGCCCGUGAGUGUUGUUAGUGACUUCCCUCUUUCUUCCUUUGAAGUUUUGUUUUAUUCGCUUCUUGUGUACUUUGCUACAUCGAUGGGCACAAGCGUCAUAGCUGCUCAUCAGGUUAUGCUCCAGACAUAUAACAUUUGUACAAUUUUGGGGGAGCCUCUCUCUCAAACUGCACAGUCCUUUAUGCCUGAGUUGUUAUUUGGAAUCAAUCGCAAUUUGCCUAAAGCCAGAAUGCUUCUGAAGUCACUCGUUAUCAUUGGUGCUACACUAGGAAUAGUAGUGGGAACCAUUGGCACAGCAAUUCCAUGGCUGUUCCCUGGCAUCUUCACACAAGACAAGGUUGUCACAUUUGAGAUGCACAAGGUCAUAAUACCAUAUUUUCUUGCUUUAUCCAUCACUCCGAGUACUCUCAGUCUUGAAGGCACCUUACUGGCUGGAAGAGAUCUGAGAUAUAUAAGCUUGUCAACUACUGGAUGCUUGGCCGUUGCUGGGCUUUUACUUAUGCUUCUGAGCAAUGGAGGAUUUGGCUUGAGAGGCUGCUGGUUCGCUCUCGUGGGAUUCCAAUGGGCUCGGUUUUCUCUAGCCCUUUUACGUCUUCUUUCACGAGAUGGUGUAAUUUAUUCGGAAGACACAAGCAGGUAUGCAGAGAUAGUGAAAGCUGCUUAG